CUUUUAAUAGAUCUUCAGCAGCUAAAAGAAAUGCUAUUGUGGAUAUCUGUGAUGAAGAUAAGACUGCCAUUAAUAAUUUGGUUAGCUCAGCUAUAAUGACAAAUUCGAAGAAAAUAGAAAAUGAUGGGGUGGUGGUAUUAUCUCAAGAAAUGAUGGCCAAAGGAGAAAAAUUGACUGGUAGAGAAAUUUAA